AGAAUCAAGAGUAUUUCGAAGUAUUCAGCUCGAAAACGAAAACGAGAUGGAACGUAAAACUGAUUGGGCGAGGAGUGGUGCCAUCUUAUAUCUUGAAGCCUCAGUUUCGAGUUGCUCGUUUCGAGGUUGUCAGUGACAAACCGGUAGAGUUGAAAAUGUCUAUACAAAACACGGGAUCGUGUUCAUUAGUCUUCCAACUUUCUUUUAUCGAUGUGUUAGAGGGUGAGAUUCUUCACAACAUGGAAAAUUCAAAGUCUUUUCGAAAACAAACGAAGAAUAAAAAGAACAACGAAAAAAGCAACGAAAAAAACAAUGAAAAAAAAGAGAGAAGCAUCGGAAAAAGCAGCAAAAAAAUGGAGGGAAGAGUGGAUUUCGACGACAAACUUUUGCCGAACGAGCAUUUGGCGAUAUACGGUGGAAAUCUUAAGCGAUCCGAUCAAAUCAGAUUUUCCUUUUUGAAUCUCGACGAGAACAGGCAGCUAUUGGUUCCAGAAAAAAAGAAGGUAUAUUUGAGAAAUCUUACGUGUUUUCGAUUGGAAAUAUCUUAUUUCAGAAUAUCGAGGAUUUCGAUUCAAUCCGAUAGGAUUUUACAAUUCAUUGCCUCGAAAAUUUGUUCCGCGUUUCAGGUGGAAUUCGGUGUUCAAUUUCAAAUCGAUCUCAAGAAGACGAAAGUGAAGAAAGAUGAGAAAUCGAAUUACUGCCAUGUAGCUUUGAUCAAACUUACGUUGGGUAGCGCCACGCUGCAAGACUUUAUAAUGAUAUGCUCGAUAAAUUGA